AUGGGAAGAGCAAAAAUAGAGCUGAAGAAAAUAGAAAAAUCAGGUUAUAGGAAUAUUGCAUUUUCCAAAAGAAAAAAUGGGCUUGUCAACAAAGCUUAUGAACUUUCAACUUUAUGUGACAUUGAAAUUGCUCUCGUCACCUUUUCUCCUGCUGGGAAACUCUUCAUCUAUGAUGCCAAAAAAAGGUGGGAACAAGUUCUUAAACAAUACUUUGAUCUUCCUGCACCAAAACUUGGACGGCUGCGUAAUCAAGAGUUGGUUGGACGUUUUAUUGAUCAACUGAUUCUUGAAGCAAAUGACUACCAUCAAAGAGAGCAAAUUCAUCAAUCAAUUGGUCUCCUUGGAUUACAGGUACUUCAAAGUGAAGUUCGUAAAUGCACUUCUGAAUUGGAAAAAGUUGAGAAAGAAAUAAGCUACUUUUUAGGAAUUCCAAGUAGCCUAGACACAAGGAGUGAAGCUGAACAUGAGCAGAUGUUAGAAGAGACUUUGUUGAAAGUCCAAAUUCGCAAGCAAAUUUUAGAAGCAAUCCACAACAUUAAAUUACCAGCACCAGAGAAUGCAUUUUAUCCAAUGGAUAUAAAUCCCAGCAGCUUCAUGGUAGGAAAUUCAAGCUAUAACCCAGAAAGGUCUCCACUGAUUGAUCCUGCAGCUUUGGUUGUGGAAGUUGCUGGAAAUUCAAGCUAUAACGCAUACAAUACUCCGCAGAUUGAUCCCACUGCCCUGUUAAUGGAUGCUGCUACAAGUUCAAUCUAUAGUGCAUUUAGGCCUCCACUGAUUAAUCCCUCAUCGCCCCUGAUGAUGGAUUUUACAGGCUACACUGGAUUCCAACCUUUCAGCAAUCCACCACAAGCUUUGCCUGGAGUCCGACAGCUCUCACCGACAUAUAUUGAUGGAUAUAAUUUCUCUUUUCCAUAUAUCCAGAGUAAUGAGCUUAAUAUGUUACCCUAUAUGGCCCAGUCUCAUCAGUCAGGACAGUAUGCUAAUUUCAACCUACCAUCAAGAAUGAAUACUACCGAAAAGGGAACUGCUACAGAGGGAGCACCACAAGGUGAAGAAGAGAAUUCAGCUAUGGGUUUCUACACUGCUCAUUCAUACCCUGGCCAUGGCAACCCUUCUCAAUUCUGA